AUGUCAACAACAACAGCAGCAGCAGUUGGUCCAACCAAUUUCUCAAAUGACGGAAAGGAUGUGAUUGAGAGACAUUUGGAAGUGAAGAGUGAAAAGCACAAAAACAUUCAAGAUCUGUAUGAGAUCGAACGUACAGUGACUAAGAUUAUACGAGGCGGAUACAAAAAGAUCGCUUUGCAAUUCCCUGACGAACUUCUGGCGGAUGCAGCAACUGUGGCUGAACAGUUGCGAGAAAAGACACAAAAGGAGAUCUUCAUUUUAGCAGACACGUCUUAUGGUAGUUGUUGUGUUGAUGAAGUGGCAGCUGAGCAUGUCAAUGCAGAUCUCAUAGUCCAUUAUGGUCGAUCUUGUUUAAGUCCUACAUCGCAUUUACCUGCUUUAUAUGUUUUUGGUCAACGUCCUAUAGAUAUACAGCAGUGUACAAGUGAAUUUGAAAAGCUCUUUCCUGAUAAAGCUCAGCCUGUUAUUAUCAUGUGCGAUGUAGAAUACUCAUAUGCGGUAGACAGUUUGACAUCUGCUUUGCAAAAGACAUAUCAGUGUAUUAUUCCAACAGUGAUACAGACAGAGUCCAAGUUACAAUCAACACUUGAUCAGCACAAGACUCUUUCGACUUGUGCCUCGCACGUAGAAAGACAAAGACUAGGUAAAUCUUGUUGCGGAAAAUGUAAAGGAGAUUUAGAGGACGUGGUUCAGGAUAAACCUGAGAUUCUACCGGCUGAACCGUUGCAAGAUAUGAGUGAACUGAAAGAAGAGAAAAAGAAAGGAGGCAGAUAUUUUGAACUCCCAGAAAAUGUGAGCAUAGAUACAUGUUCCAUCUUCUUUGUUGGAGAAGAGAGCUUGACUUUGACUAAUAUCAUGAUGGUUCACAACAAAUGCCCUGUCUAUACUUACAAUCCUAAAACCAACAUUGCGAGAAAAGAAUCUGUACAAGUAAACAAGAUGCUAAUGAAAAGAUAUUUCCUUGUUCAAAAGGCAAAAGAUGCAGAAACAAUUGGUAUUGUCGUUGGCACAUUAGGCGUGGCUUCUUACUUAAAUAUCAUCGAUCAUUUGAAAAGAAUCAUUCGGGCUUCUGGACGCAAAUCAUACUUGUUUGUUAUGGGCAAAUUGAAUGUAGCAAAGAUGGCAAAUUUCAUGGAAAUUGAUUGCUAUGUGUUAGUGUCCUGUCCUGAAAACAGCUUGAUUGAUUCAAAGGAGUUUUAUCGUCCAAUUGUCACACCAUUUGAACUAGAAAUUGCUCUUAGAAGGGACAUGGAGUGGACAGGCGAUUAUAUCACUGACUUCUCAAAGUUACUACCCCAGCUACGUUCAGAUGACUUUUCUUAUGAUGACGAAAAAGAUGAUUUAUCGAGUGAUGAAGAGCCUCACUUUUCUUUGAUCACUGGUCAAUACAAGUCAACUCCCUUUAAUAGAGCAAGAGACAGACAAGAGAGUGACUCUGGAGAAGUGAUCACAAGCAAACUAACAGAUUUAACACUAAGAAGCAAAGAAACAAGUAUUACGACGCUUUUGAACAGUACAGCAGGACAAUAUCUUCAAAACAGAACUUAUAGAGGUUUAGAGGCAAACAUUGGUCAAGAUGCACCAGCAGAGUUGACAGAGGGGCUUUCUGGUAUAGCUCGUGGAUAUAAAAAUGAAAAGGAAUAA